AUGGAAGAACCGAGGUGUUCAAAGCGACUUCGCUCCAUGGCCUCUAAUCAAGCCUCAAGUGGGCCUUCUACAGAGCCAGGCCGCUCUGUUGUGGACCAUGAAGACCCAGGAGAAGCAGAUGGGCCCACAGAGCCAACCCAACCCACAAAACCCACUGCUUAUGUGAAGCCCUUCAGAUGGAAGCCCCCAGCUCGCACCCAGCCGGCUCGUCCUGCAGAGAGAGGCCGGCGCUGGGGAGGAAGCCAACGGGCAGGGCGAGGCCGUGGCAGAGGGGCUGUGCGUGGAACUGUGCAGGAAGGCCCUGUCCCACCCGAAGCCCUGCCUGUGGUGGGGCCUCAGGAGCUGCCCCCUUUCUCUGGGCCUCAGGCUGUUGCCGUCUAUCCCUUCAUUGGGUUUAUGCCUCUGGGUGACUCAUCUGUUUUAGGAGUCACACACUCCUCCAUGGGCACCUACGUGCAUGGGGUCCCAGUGUUCAUCGGCCAUGUUACACACUGA